GCCUCUAAAAAUAGAGAAAACAGCUGGGAGUCUUGGUUAGGGUUCUUCGAUCGUGCAUAAAUCUGUGCAGCGUAAUGCACUACUGAUUUUAAGGCGUUGAAAUCCGAAGGAAAUUGUCUGGCAAUGGCUUUCGAGAGUAAAAAACUCAUUAACAACCCUAAUGAUGUGGUGACUGAGUUCAUUGAGGGACUUGUAGAAACUUAUCCUGGGUUGCAGUAUUUGGAUGGAUUUCCAGAGGUAAAGGUUGUUUUACGUGGUGAUGUUUCAGGUCCAACAUAUGACAAAGUUGCUGUUAUAUCAGGAGGUGGGAGUGGGCAUGAGCCUGCUCAUGCUGGGUUCGUAGGGGAUGGGAUGCUCACAGCAGCUAUCUGUGGCGACGUUUUUGCCUCCCCACCUGUUGCUUCAAUUCUUGCUGGCAUAAGAGCUGUGACUGGGCCAAUGGGAUGUCUCCUAAUUGUCAAGAACUACACUGGCGACCGAUUAAAUUUUGGAUUGGCAACUGAGGAAGCAAAGUCUGAAGGCUACAAAGUAGAGAUGGUGAUUGUUGGAGAUGAUUGCGCUUUGCCACCCCCACGGGGCAUAGCUGGGCGAAGAGGUUUGGCUGGAACCAUUCUUGUCCACAAGAUUGCAGGAGCAGCAGCUGCUUCAGGUCUUCCUCUUUCUGAUGUUGCUGCUGAAGCAAGGCAUGCAUGUGGAGUUGUUGGUACAAUGGGUGUUGCACUCUCGGUUUGCACGCUUCCAGGUCAGCCGAAAUCGGACCGUUUAGGCCCAGGAAAAAUGGAGCUUGGUCUUGGAAUUCAUGGAGAACCUGGUGCUGUCGUGGCAGACAUCCAACCUGUGGAUUUGGUGGUAUCCCAUGUGCUGAAUCGCAUACUCUCAUCAGAAACUAACUAUGUUCCAAUUAAACGUGGAAGUCGUGUUGUACUUAUGAUUAAUGGAUUAGGGGGGACACCUGUAAUGGAACUGAUGAUUGCUGCUGGAAAGGCUGUUCCUAUAUUACAGCUGGAACAUGGAGUAGCAGUUGUUAGAGUGUAUACAGGGUCAUUCAUGACUUCUCUUGAUAUGGCAGGGUUUUCAAUAUCUAUAAUGAAGGCAGAGCAAGCAAUUCUGCAACGCUUGGAUGCUGCAACUAAGGCUCCACAUUGGCCUGUUGGUGUUGAUGGUGAUCAUCUGCCUGCCAAGAUUCCUGUUCCAGUUCCGCCUUCUCGUUCGGCAAAGAAUGAUGAGGUAUUGAGUCGACCAGAGCAGCUGAAUGAGCAAGGUCGUGCACUGGAGGUGGCUAUAGAAGCAGCAGUCUCAGCAAUUAUUCAUCUCAAGGACAGUUUAAAUGAGUGGGACAGCAAAGUGGGAGAUGGUGACUGUGGAUCAACAAUGUCUAGAGGCGCAACAGCUAUUCAACAAGACUUGAAGAAGUACUACCCCCUGAAUGAUGCUGCAGAAACCAUAAAUGAGAUAGGAUCAUCUAUCCGAAGAGUCAUGGGAGGAACAAGUGGAAUCCUAUAUGACAUAUUUUGCAAGGCAGCAUAUGCACGGUUGAAACUGAAGAGCCAAUCAGGCGUUACUAUUACACCACUCCAAUGGGCUGAUGCAUUUGAAGGGGCCAUCAGUGCUGUUAUGCUAUAUGGUGGGGCUGCUGCAGGCUAUCGCACUAUGCUGGAUGCUCUUAUUCCGGCUUCAACGCUUCUUAAACAGAGGUUAAGUGGUGGUGAUGAUCCAUUGGAUGCAUUUGUUAAGUCAGCUGAUGCAGCAGUUGCUGGAGCAGAGUCUACUAAACAAAUGGAACCUCAGGCUGGGAGAUCAACAUAUGUGAGUGCAGAUAUGCUAACAUCAGUUCCUGAUCCAGGGGCCAUGGCUGCAGCUUCAUGGUACCGUGCGGCUGCCCUUGCUUUAAACCAUCACAACUCCAAACCACCACCACCACCACCACCAUCAUAGGCGGGGCUGGGUUGUAGUACAUUUUUUUGUGGAGAAUUUAUGAAUACGAUAUACAGUACCAAACCAAACAGGAAGGAUCAGGAUCCGCUUAUGCCAUGUGUUGCAUGCAUAAAGCUGAGAGACACAUUCAAACACAUAUAUAUUAUAUUAACAUACAAUUAAUGUGACAGAAACUGGAAACAAUUUCAUGAUGAUGAUGAUGAUGAUGAUGAUGAUGUGAUGUGCCAGCAUGGUGUUUGUUAUCUUAACUC